AUUGAAAAUCAGCUUAAACUCCGAAAAGUUCUGUAUACAAUCACCAUCUAUGGUAUCACCAAGAAUCCGAGUGAGCAAGACUACAUGAUGAUUAUGGACUACGCUGAUGAGGGAAGCCUCAGGCAAAUGCUGAAAAAGAAUGCUCAUAAAUUGACGUGGAAGGAUAAGUUGCUGAUUUUAAAGUCAAUAAUAUUUGGCCUCGAAGAAAUACAUAGGAUAGAUUUGGUGCACAAAGAUUUUCACCCUGGAAAUAUCGUCAUGGGCAGCAUAAGCUCUGCAUAUAUCACGGAUUUUGGCCUAUGCAAACCGAUAAGUGAUAUCAAUGAUUCUGAGCAAAAAAUAAACGAAAUAAUCUACAAAUAUUGGGUGGAUUUGUUUGAAAGCGAUGACGAAUCGGAGAUAUCCCAACAGUGCAAGGAAAUUCAAAAGUCUAACGCAAGCGCUUCAACCUCCGAUCAAAACAAAUUAACCUCAUUUGAUUACACCACACACUCUCUUGCCAGUUAUACAAGCCAACUUUUGAAUUUCCAAAAUCUAUCUGAUAGUACAACCAAUACGACAG